CUCUUAUCAGGAAGGUGUUUACUUUCAAAAUAGUUAAAUGUCAGAUUGACUUAUUUAGGUUAUAUUUAUUAUUGAGUAUUUAAAUGUUUAAAAGACAACCCAAAACAUGAGUAAUGUUUAUAUAUUAGAACCACCAACUUCGGGGAAGGUUCUGUUAAAAACCACUGUUGGGGACAUAGAUAUCGAAUUAUGGGCCAAAGAGACACCAAAAGCAUGUCGAAAUUUUAUACAGUUAUGUUUAGAGGGUUACUACAACAAUCUGACGUUUCACAGGAUUGUGAAAGGCUUUAUAGCCCAAGGAGGGGACCCAAAUGGUGAUGGCACAGGUGGUGAUUCAAUAUAUGGAGAACCAUUUAAAGAUGAAUUUCAUCAACGUCUUAAAUUUACUAGAAGGGGUCUAGUAGCGAUGGCAAAUGCCGGAAAAGAUGAUAAUGGUUCCCAGUUCUUUUUCACCUUGGGUCCUACACCGGAAUUACAAAAUAAACACACAAUAUUUGGAAAGAUCUCUGGAGAAACUGUAUUCAAUAUGCUAAAGUUAGAAGAGGGGUUAAUAGAAGAUGAAACACCAUCAUAUCCACAUAGAAUCACUAAAACUGAAGUAUUGCACAAUCCCUUCACUGACAUGGUACCUAGGAUUAUUAAAAGUGAAGUUAAAGAAAAGAAGAAAAAAGAGAAAAAGGCUGGUGUUAAAAAUUUUAAAUUGUUAUCAUUUGGAGCUGAAGCGGAAGAAGAUGAAGAGGAAUCGUCUAGGCAAAAUCAAAAAUUUACUGGGAAAGGGAAGUCAACCCAUGAUGUUUUGGAUGAUCCCAGUUUGAGUUCGCAGACAGAAGUGGCUGCUGAAGAACCUGAAACCAUAGCAAAUCCUGAUGACCAAUUGGAAAGCAUUCGAAAAAAAUUGCAAGCUGCUAAAGAUUCAAAAGCAAAAAAUCUUAAGAGACCAUUUAAAUCAAUUGAAACAAAACCUAAAAAUCCUGAGAUUAUCGAUGAUGAAGAUGGCGAUUUAGAAGAAUAUUAUCUUGGGAAAGACAGCCAGAUAGAAAAACAGAAAAAAAUGAAGGCAAUCAAAGAUGAAAUACAAAGCAUCAAAAAGGAUUACCACAAAAACAAACUCAAAAAGGAAGAAGAAAAGACGGAAGAGCAAAAGGAAGAACAAGUAAAAAGUGAAGUAGUAAAAGUAUAUAAAGAAGAGUAUGAUUCGUACAAAGCAAAAAAGCAGCAGUUGCCUAAAAAAGGUAAAGACAGAGAACAAUUCACGUUAGCCUUGUUGGAUAAGUUUAAAGUCAAGUUACAUACAGCCAAAGAGAAGGAACAAAGCAAAACGGAAGAGGCAGCUGCAGAAGCAGUAACAGCAGAUGUUGCAGUUGAAGAUGAUGAAGAAUCUUGGCUGUCUCAUAACCUCAAAUUCGAUGAUGGCGAUCCAAUUUUGGCGAAAGAUGCAAACACCAAAGAUGACGAUUGGUUUGAGAUUUACGAUCCUCGACAUCCACUUACCAAAAGGAGACGAGGAGAGGCGGUGGGAGGGGGUGGAGGAGGUUCGUCCAAAGGGAAAAAUUAAAUUAUUUUUUAUCAUUGAUCAUAUUGAUUUGUUAUUACCUAAGUGUUAAAAAUUAAACAAAUU